CAAAGUUCUCACGAGGAGCUGUUGGGGAAACGUAUCUUUCUGCAAUGUUGUUACUUCGUCGGUUGAUUGAAUCUGGCUAAAUGCCUUUGUUGGGAGCUGGGUGGUUAUCAGGUUAUGUUGUUACAACCUUUGCUGGGCUUUCAAGGGGGCUAAAAUGGACAACAAGCACGAGUUACUUUGCUACCAGAGUGCUUCGUUCGAGCUCUAACUGUAAGUUGUUAACUUCAACCUCCUUUAUCAGAUUGCUACUCAGCCACACCUCCACAUGGCUAUAUAGAAAUUUUGUUUCUCCUUCUACGCACAUCCACUUGUUGGCAAUACCUGUAGUAUGGAGUGACAGGCAUGCUCAUUGUUUAUUCUAGGAAUUGGCCAUUAGGGCCACUGCCAAAGUCAGCUCCUUCUCAGAUUGUAUAUAGAGGCUUUUCUUUUCAAGAAAGGGAGCCCAAGGUUUUUGAAACAUUUUUGCAUCACUCGGUUUGAUAUUAAUUUUCCUUUUUGAGCUACACUUUACCAAAGUUUGAUCGCUGAAUUCCUCAAGUUCUGAUCCUUUGAUCUACGUAGUUAUGUUAAAUUCCUUUCAAAAUAGCUUUCAUUUUCAAGAGUAACCCAUCUUUUCUCACAACCUGAAAGACAUGAUCACACUUCCCUUCUACAUUGCACUGUCUUAAAUAACUCUACUUUACAUAAUAUAUGUAACCAAAGUUAUUUAAUUACUGUUAUAACAGUUAUUUGCUAGAACUAUUUUUUUCCCUUGCCUCAUUGGCAUACUGCACUCUUUGUUCCUUUACUUGUUCCCAGACUCUGGGACAUUUCUGAAGGGGGCAAAUUAGUUUUUGGGGGGCCAAAAUUCAAGAAAUUUUUUUGACACAUUUUGAAGGUUUAGAAUUGUUAAUUACACUUACAGUGUACCAGGAUGGGGGGGCGGGGGGUACUCCUGGGAAUUCUUGGUGGGGGUGUGCUGCCUGGUUCCUCAAAUCCUGACUCGAUUUCAGACCAGAAAAUGUAAUUUUCCACACCAGUUUUCAGACCUGGGGUCCGUUUCUCGAAAGUUCCGGUAACUUUACGGGCCCGAAAUCAAAUAUUCAAAUCGAAAUAUAAAGAAUAAGAGCACAGGUCUGGGCUAGCAAACUACUCCAUUUUGUUUAAGUAACUGACAGUUUUAUCGUGUUAAAUGCAAAACUUUUGAAACCUCGAUCUUUAAUGUAAACGGAGACAGCUUACCGGGCACGUUAAUUAUUGGGACUUUCGAGAAACGGCCCCCUGGCCUUUAAGCAGAAAUUAUGUUAUCAUUACUAACCCCGUUAGAAUGCAAACAAAAAAAUUUCCAAUCCAUUUUGAAUUUGCCUAUUUCUCUUUUUUGCUUACUCAUUUGGAAUUGAAAGGAUCAAUACGUUCAUACACUCCGUAGUUCCUUCGAAAACCAUACCCGAUUCCAGACCAAAAUGGGCAAAGUGUACACCCAUUUUCAGACCAAAACGGCUCAAAAACCCCAACCAAUGGGCAGCACAUAUAAUAUAUACCUAUAAUGGCUUAUAUAAGGGAGUACCCCCCCCCCCGUGUAUCUGAGGACCAAAAACAGUUUUAAAAAAGUUUGUGUCAUAAUUCUUUAAGCAUAUGCUGUUCACUUUGAAUACUACUACUUGUUUCCUGAUUUCUUUUACUAGCUGGACAGUUAGGUGGUGACGCUGAAAGAGCAGUAGAAGAUGUAUCUUCGAAGCCACCAAACAUUCUCAUAUACAGUGGCAGCAGUGACACUCACAACAAGACAUUCAAUGUUUUAAAACAGACACUUUUGCAAGUUAUUAAUUUACAUAGUUAUGCCAUCUACAAACUCCAAGAGAAACAUGUAAAUACACAUCCAUGGAUGGACAACACCACAUUGUUAGUUCUUGGAAAUAAUGAUUCAAUGUCAGCAUCAGUACAAAAGGACUUCAUCAAGUACCUCACAGGUGGAGGAAAGAUCUUAAGCUUGUGUAGUUCAUUUACAUGUAAUGUCAAGAAGCUUCCUUGGGAUGACAAAUGUUGCCCCUUUCCUGCUUCAGUUGAAGUUAAUCAUCCAGAAUUUUUUCAAGGAGAGCCACAGAAUCUUUCAGCACUCUGUGAGCCUUUUUACUUUGAAGGUGAGUAUUCUGAUAUUAUUUUUGACCUAUCACUACUGAUUACGUGGUGUGUAUUGUUCAGUGUACAUGUACAUGUAAGGGUGCAUUCAGUUGCCCACUGGAAAAGGGAUACAACCAGGCAAAUUCAAUGCACAGAAAGAAUUGCCUGGCAACUGCAAAAGUGUUUGACAUAAACAAAAUUUUGAAUGGUUUACAAGAGGUACAGGUGUAGAAAAACAGUGAUCCUUACAGACAAAGAAAAGGGAAAUGCUGCUUCAAAUUGUAGACCAAUAACAUGUCUGCCUUUAAUGUGUCUUUUUUACUGGUAUAAUGGGGGAUGAAUUGUACAACCAUUUGGAGGAGAAACAUCUGUUGAGCAGAAGGGCUGUACAGUGUAGAAGAAACACAAAAGGCACAAAAGAUCAGCUUUAUGGAUAAGAUGGUUAUUAGAAAUUACAAAAAGAUUCAGAAAAAUUGGGCUUGGAAUGGUGUGGAUGGACUACAAAAAGGUGUAAAUGUGUGCUGUGAUCCUACAUUUGUGGAUUAUCAAAAUGUUUAUAAAUGUUUGGAGCAGCAGAGAAUAUGCUCAGGCUAUUGGAAAAGAGUAUGGAUCAGUGGAAAAUAGAACUAACGGCAGAAGAACAGACAUUGUCCUGUUGAUAUAAGGAGAGGAAUUUCCCUGGGGGAUAGCUUGUCUCCACUGCUUUUUGUUGUGGCUCUCAUUCCCCUGUCUAUGGUAUUCAGAGGGACACAAAAGCUGGGUAUGAUCUGGGCAAAAGAAAUGGCAUUUCAAUCAUCUUCUGUUUAUGGAUGAUUUAAAGUUAUAUGGAAAGAAUGAGAGGCAAGUGGGUACCCUAGUAAAUAUUGUCCGAAUUUUCAGUAAAGAUAUUGGAAUGGAAAUUAUUCGGAAUAAGCGAGUGUACUGUGCUUAAUAUGACAUCAGGAAAGGUAUUCUCAUGCAAAGGUAUUGAUUUAACAGAAUAUGGCCAAACUAUCAGAGGGCUUGAGAAAGGUGACGGGUAAAAAGUACCUUGAAAUAUUGGAGGCAGAUGAUGUAAAGCAUAGUGGCAUGAAAGUGUCAAUAUCUAGAGAAUAGUUAAGUAGGAUAGGAGGAUUAUUAUCAUUGAUUGUGAUAAAUAGUUGCUUUUGUUAUUUUUCCAGGAGACCAAACUGUUGUUGUACAGGAAGCAGAAACCAAAAAUCCAGUUGUUAUCCAGUUGCAUGAAGGGCAUGGCAGUGCAGUGUUAUGUCUUAUUGAUUUGACGUUUUUGGAUGAUUAUCCCGCAGUAAAACUACAAGAUCAGGAGCAAGAAUGGGAUGCUUGUUUAAAGAAGUCCAGGAAUUCCAGGAUAGGCUUGUUGUCAAAUAUUUUACAAUUUCUAGGAAUAAACUGUCAGCCACAAAAUGCUCCAGAACUAACUCCACUUCUUCUUUUAGCAAAAAAAAUAGUAAGUUUUCAAACCAUGUGUGCAGCUGUAGUUUGAAACUUAUUGAUCCAAGUAAUUGCCCCCGCAUGAGAGGGCAUCCGAGUAACUCACGCCUAUAUAAAGGAAAGUACUUUUAAUAUAGGAACAGUAAAAAUAUGCAGUUAGUUUACCUGAAAAACUCUUUUUCUUAAAAUUUGCUUAAACAGGGGCCACAAGGAAUCAUUGGGUAAUGAUGAUGUUUUAGCCCUAAACAAUGCCAAACACCCUAAAGCAGCUUUAUUGUGUCAACUAUUACAAGACAAGUAGCCAAUGAUAAUUCAACAGAAAGGUGGUAAUAGGCCAUUUGCAUGAUGGCGUCAUUUUACUACUAUGACCAGAAUCCUUUUAGUUUUUUCUUUCAUAUUUAAAUUCUUUUAUGCUAGCAAGAUUUACAACUGUAAAUAACAAAAGCUCUAAUUUGCACAACAAAACAAAAUUCUGAAGGAUUCUGGUCAUGGUAGUAAAAUGAUGUCAUCGCGCAAAUGGCCUUUUGAUUGAAUUAAUGUGGAAAAUUAUUUACUCUUUUAAGGAUCAGGAUAAACUAUUUCAUUCCUUGAAGUCAAGCCUCAAGAACAAUGUUUGCAAUGGAAAUGACCUCUCCUUACAUUUUGUGCCAAAUGGGCAACCUAUUCCUAAAGCUACAGACACCUUGUUACCUGUAAUCACUGGAGAUAAAAAAUGUCAGACAUUGUCAUUCAACUGGAAGAAAUAUCAAGAGCAUUUAAAGACCAAAGUUUUGGGUCAGGUGAUGUUCUACACUGAUGUAAUCACAUCAACACAAACAGUGUUUGACGGGUGAGUUUUCGAUAUUCAAAGGUAUUAAUCAAUAACCACAUAGAUGUCAGUUUGUUUGGGAUGGUUGCUAUUGUGCUUGCCUGUCAUCAAGAAUAGUAAAAAUUAUGAGGGUUACUUGAUGUCGCCCAGUGAGUGCUUGCAAAAUCCCUUCAGAUUAUAUCCCUCUAGGUCAUUAAAAUGUCGAAGUUGACUGCUGGUAAUUUCUCACACCUUGUCUACAAUGUAUUUUCUCAAAGACGGAAUUAUUUUUUUCAUGCUGUUAUUAUUAAUAAACUGGCCAUGAUUUACACUUGGGUUAUAAUGCACAGGAGACCUGUAUGAUAGCUGUUGUGUGAAUUUUGACUGUUCUGGGGAACAAAUUUUGACUCAGAUUAAAACAGAAGUGUAACUGGGGCCAUUUCUUCAGUUCACAUCAGUGGUUUUAAUCAGAAAUGCAGCUAUUUUGUCUUCAGAUAGCCAUAAACUUUUUUAACUUUUUUUUUACCUUUUAAAUAGCUAUGCUGCUGCACUCAGCUACCUGUAAACAGGAUUGCUAUUUAACAACACAGUUAGUGUCCCAAUAUAUUUAAAUGUAUAAUAAAAUUAUUAUUGUGACACUAACGCAUCAAACUGGUUCUUAAAUAUGUUAUAUGUAAGUUCCAGCUGGUUAUGAGGAAUUAGCCAGAGGAUUGGAUCCAGUGGGAAACAGUGAAAUAUUUUGAAUGAAUGAAUGAAUAAUUAUAUGGUUUUUUUUUCAAAAUAUAAUAAUUAAUUAUUAAAAAAGCUGGUUGAAUUUUUCAAUUUAGGAAUUACACAUUUGUACAAAACAUCCCUGAAGAUGUAGGCGUCAUAGUAACUGCUGCACAGCAAAUUAAAGGCCAAGGUGAGUUAAUUAAAUUAACCCGCCUAUUUCUACAGCAAGCUGCAAAAACAUAAUGUCAUGCAUUGUAACAGGUGUAACAAUAAUCUUUAUUUUUAUCUGACCGUUAAUUAGUUUUAUUAACAGACUGCCAUUGACCUGACUGUGUGUUCUCAGUUGUUAUUAGAAGACGCAGUUAUCAUUAUUGUAUUCAAGCAAAGAGAUUUAUUUUUUUUACACAGGUUGUUAUCUACAUCUGUUGUUUCCCAACUAGUUUGUCAGAGAGUAAUAUAUAAAAAGAUUACUCUUUUUGUGCAUUUUAGAAUCUUAAUUCCACAAAAUAUUUUAAUGUACCUCAGUGAGUAGACCUAAUGGGUUCAUCAUUAUUUUAUCGUGAUGAGUUAUAAAACAGCGAAUAGUGAGUACAUAAUUUGUGAUUUUUGUAUUAUUAGCAAGCUGUUUUGAAAGUAUACUUUAACAUUCAUCUUUAGGUCGUGGUGGUAAUAUCUGGCUCUCACCAGCUGGAUGUAUGAUGUUUUCCAUACACAUAAGGAUUCCAUUUGCUUCCAGUCUUGGUCAGAGGCCACCAUUCUUACAGCAUAUUGCCUCUCUGGCAAUUGUUAAUGCAGUCAGAUCCAAGUCAGGGUAUGAGGUCUGUAAAUUUUGUAUGUACAUUAAUUUAUAAAAUAAUCCUGCCUUUCUGUACCUGCCAGACCUAAAUCAGAUUGUCCAGUGUAAAAUUAGUCAUAAGACUCUGUCCAAAUCAUUUUAGCCAUAAGAGGCAAUAAAGGGUACACAUAUAAAUUCAUAAUACUUUAGGCUUUUUAGGUAUGGCUUGCACAUGCUAAAUGUACAUUGUGGUCAAAUAAUUUUUUGAAUACAAAAGUAAAUAAAAGUAGGAAAAAAAGAUUUAAUUUAGUGGUUAUAAUCUAAGCUUCAGACUUACGGUGUACAGUACAUUGUACACUAGAUCUGUUGGAUCUGUAGCCAGCAUGUCAAACAUUUUAAGCACACAUGUAGAGCUUGUGUAACGCUCUUGUGUGCCACAUGAACGUUUAUUGCUGAAACUACAACGGCAUAGGAUAGAUGGCUCUCUAUUACUGUGGAUUAGAAAUUUUUUGACAAAUAGAAGGCAGCAUGUCAUGUUAACGGGCAGUUGUUCAGAUUGGUCACCCGUGAUUUCAGGCAUGCCCCGAGGAACAAUACUCGUCCCAAUCUUAUUUAUCAUUUAUAUAAAUGAUUAUUUCAACAAAUAUAACAUCAACAGUGAAAAUCUACGCUGAUGACACCAAAAUCUAUCGUACAAUCAAUGAGCCUGAUAAGAAUAAUUAUACCAGCCUUACAGCUUGACCUGAAUAGAUUAAGUGAUUGGGCUAACAAGUGGCAGUCGCACUUUAAUCCUGAAAAAUGUGAAGUCAUGCAUGCAAUGCACAGUAGGGACAGAUCUAAGCCAAGUUACUCUCUAGAUAUGCAACUAAAAUCUGUUGAAAGUGUCAAGGACCUACAUGGUGUAGGGGUCACAAUAAACUCCGAUCUAUCUUGGGGUAAACACGUCUCCUACAUAGUAAACAAGGCGAACAAAGUGUUAGGUGUAAUUAAGCAAUCACUCAGAAAUGAUAAUCGGUAUGCCUUUUCUUGCCUCUUUAAGUCGUUGGUAAGACCUAUAUACUCGAAUAUGCUGCCCCCGUCUGGAGCCCCUACGGAAAAAAGAAUAUCGAAUCUUUGGAAAAACUUCAAAGAAGAGCAUCACGGUUGGUGUUAAAGCAAAAGCACGGAGAAAUGAACUAUGAAGACCGCUGCCGCUUACUGAAUUGGCAAAUUCUGGAGAAACAUAGAGAGUUCUUAUCUCUAGUUCAGUGCUGCAAAAUGUAAUCGAACUUGAGCCAAUCGUGAUUUAUACGUUCUAUGUAAAAGUUGCCAUCCUAUUUUGCUACAAAUAUUCUUUCUUUGUACGGAUCGUCAAUGCGUGGAAUAAUUUGCUUUAAGAUGUUGUAUGCGCAGGAUUGCUGACUUUAUUUCGCAACAUAUUAAGGAUUUAUAUGAAUAUUGAUUGUAAAUAGUUUUAAUUAUGAUGUGCAAAUGAUGUUUUUUAUUCUAGUUUUAGGUUUUAGAUUUUUCUCUCCGAAAAUAAUGUUUGAGAUUCUAGAUUUUACCUUUUCAUCUUUUAUUUUGGGGAAUCUUUUAUAUAGGGUUGCCCUCUAGAUAUCCCCUUUCAAGAGAUAUUUUGUAACUUUAGUUUUUAUCUCUUGAAUAAAGGCAGUAUUAUAUUGUAUUAUAGCUACAUUGUAAUGAUUAUUUUGUUUUACACAAUGUCUGUUUUAGGAGAUAAACGUGUGUCUCAAGUGGCCAAAUGAUAUUUAUUUUGGUGACAAGGUCAAGAUUGGAGGUGUUAUUGUGACAUCAUCUGCUAUGAGUGGUACUCUGAGUGCAGUCAUAGGUAUAUGACAUUUAUUCAUUUCAAUACAUCUUUGGAGAGGGGCUUACAUGUAUUAUUUACCUUGGAAUCUUACAAUUUAUAAUCAAUGUAUAAUCAAGUGUAACUGAUUCAUCAUCUUAACCCUAUAAAAAAUUUCAAUGGCAUAAGAUCCAUGUACCCUAGCUUUGCUUCAAGUCCUCUAAUUGUAAUUUACUAUAAAACAGCUCUAGUAAAUUUGUUUUAACUUUAAAUAUUUAUUUUAGGAAUGGGUGUAAACCUUACUAACAGUAAACCAACCAUCAGCAUCAACGAGAUCAUAUCCCAAUACAACAAGGAACAUAACACCAACUUAGAGCCACUAGUUUUAGAGGAAAUACUAGCAAGGACUGUUAACAACAUUGAAACCCUCGUUGAUGACUUCCAAGACAAUGGAUCAGAUUCAUUUCUAACCAAUUACUACAAGCAUUGGCUACACAGGUUUUUUUCUUUCUGUCUUCAUCUUUGUAUCAUUUUUAUAGUCAAGAACAAUAAUAAUAUUACAUUUUUGUGUACAUGUAUAUUGCAAAAAAAUUCAAAAACAUUCUUCAGAACUACAAGCUUUUCUUCUUUUUUUUGCUUAACAAGUUCUAUAUUUUGAACUAAAAGUAGCCUGUUAACAAGUUGGUGCUAUAAAAUGUUUUGGAACUUCCUGAAUGAUUCUUUUAUUAGUGUCUGAAAAAGGAAAUGCUGCAGCGUGCAAAGAAAGUAGUGUGCGAUAGCCUGGGGCUGGUGGAUUUUGCUAUAUUAUUGGGCUAGUGAAUUCUGUUUUUAACUUGCCCAAUGCGCAGGUGAUGUUUUUUGAGGAAUUUGAAUGACAGAGUAACUGUGAAAUCAAUUCUGCCCGUCAAAAAGCUUUUGGGGCUAGUUGAAAUGACAUCUGAGCUAGUAAAUGCAAGCUUCAGCUUGCCUGAAUGGCAAGCUGUAAAAACGAUUUUCUUUGCACCCUGUGCUGGUGGACACAAUUUGAAUAACUACCAAUUAUUUUUAUCUAGCUUUUGCCAAAGCAUUUUCUAAAAAAUAAUGUACAGGUGUACUGAUUGUGUAGCUUUCUAAAUUCAAAUUAUUUAUUUUUGUGGAGAUAAGCAAUACCAGUCAAACAGAGAUUGGGUAAAGAUAUGCGGAUCAAAAAAGUCACAAAACAGCACACUUGGAUUGUUACCAACCCUGUUAAUCGCCGCCAUAUAAUAUAAAAGUAAUUAUUUGAAUUUAUUGUAGUGAUGCAAGGGUGAAGCUGGCAAUGAAUGGAACUUUGGAGGAAGUCAAGAUAACUGGGCUUGAUGAUUUUGGAUUUCUGUCAGUACAGACAAACUCUGGAAAAACUCUAUCAGUACAACCAGAUGGAAACAGCUUUGACAUGCUUAAAAAUUUAAUUGCCAUGAAAGAUAGCUAG